AUGAAUAAUUUUCCUGUGAAGGUCCACGUUCCAUUAUGUGGAGUACGUAUUGUUAAUAUUGGACCAAUGGACACAGUAUUGGAUCUGAGAAACAGAGUUCAAGAGAUAAUACGCGUAGACCUUCAAAAUGAGAGUGUGUUUUUCGAAGGUUUGUUACUUGACAACCAUCAAUAUGUCAUGUACUACAGUUUAUAUCCAUUUAGCCGGGUUGAUAUUGGCAACCAACAACCACCUGCACCUCUCCCAGUUCAUAUCGCCAACCAACAACCACCUGCACCUCUCCCAGUUCAUAUCGCCAACCAACAACCACCUGCACCUCUCCCAGUUCAUUUCGCCAACCAACAACCACCACCCUCAGCUCUCUCAGUAGUAUCUCAGAUAGAACAUCCAGUACCUGAAGAUUUCAUAGAGGAGUUUUUGUUACACUCUCCUGCUCAUGACUUUCUUGAGCAUGUCAUGGAACAUAAUUCCCAGCCUCUCCCAACGCCUUCCUCCGUCCCUCCUAAUUCAUAUUUACCUCUUAACCUGCCAAGGAUCAGCAGUUCCUCAGGAUUUGGGUGUGGCGAGACAAUGAUCAGCAGUUCCUCAGUUUUUUUGAGUGGCCAGACAAUGAUCAGCAUGUCCUCAGGAUUUGGGAGUGGCCAGUCAAUGAUCAGCAGUUCCUCAAUUUUUGGGAGUAGCCAGACAAUGAUCAGCCAGUCAAUGAUCCGCAGUUCCUCAAUUUUUGGGAGUAGCCAGACAAUGAUCAGCAGUUCCUCAGAUAUGAUCAGCAGUUCCUCAGGAUUGGUCAGUGUGGGGAACUUUAAUAUGCAGUCUUCCCUCCCUCAAAUUAUCACAACAGGAUGGGGGGGUGCCAAUAUGUCUCUUUACCAGCCUUCACGGAUCUCACAAUUGAGGGAUAUUGGGAUGCCGCAACCAAACAGUGUGAACAGUCAUCCUCCGGAUUGGAGGGGUGUUGAAAACUUUAAUGUGCAGGCUUCCCUCCCACAAGAAGCUUCCAACGCGUCUCAUUGCCAGACUUCACGGAUGCCAACGGGGGAUGUUGCAAUGCCGCAGCCAAACAUUAUGCACAAUCAUCCUCUGAAUUGGAGGGGUGUUGGUAACUUUAAUGUGCAGGCUUCCCUCCCACGGGAAGCUUCCAAUGUGUCUCAUUACCAGCGUUCACGGACACCAGAGCCAACGGGGAAUCUUGGGAUGCAGCAGCCAAACUUUGUGUAA